AUGGCCAUCUCCAACUCCUUCUCUGCUCUCACUGUCCUUCUCGUUUCCUUCCUCGUUCUGUCUCCUCACCAUGUGAACUCACUUUCCUUCAGAUUCCGCUCUUUCCACUCUUAUGAUCACAAUGUCAUAACCUUCCAAGGCGAUGCCUUCGCAUCUCACGGCCACCUCCAACUCACCAAGACCAUCCAUGGCGUCCCACAACCCAACAGUGCCGGCCAAGCCUCCUAUUCAGCUCCGGUUCGCCUCUGGGACGCCAAAACCGGCAAGCUCGCCGCCUUCACCACCUCCUUCUCCUUCAUCGUCUCACCUUCUUCUUCUUCUUAUUCCAGUCUCUUCGGAGAUGGAAUCUCCUUCUUCAUUGCUCCCUUCAGUUCUGGCAUACCUUCAAACUCAACCGGGGGAUUCCUCGGACUCUUUAGUGAACCCACUGCUUUGAAUUCUUACGCUAACAGAAUUGUUGCCGUCGAGUUUGACACUUUCGGUAAUCCUUGGGACCCAAAAUCUGCUCAUGUAGGAGUCGAUGUAAACUCCAUUGCAUCGGUGAAAACAGUUUCUUGGAAUGUUGAGAAAGGGUUAACGGGAAUCGCUACCAUAAGCUAUGAUCCAUCUGAGAAGAUCUUAAGUGUUUAUGUGAGGUACCCUGAAAGCAAAGUGAAACGGAGUGAAAGUAGACUCUCAGUUAACAUUGAUCUGAGGACUGUUAUGCCGGAAUGGGUUAGAGUCGGGUUCUCCGGCGCCACCGGAGAGGUGGUUGAGCUUCACCAAAUUCUUGCUUGGGAUUUCAUCAGUUCAGACUUUUAUUGA